AUGUGGGGCGAUUUUAUGGAAAAGGCCAAGUCUAUGGCCGCAAACAUUGAUCAGCAGAUCACGGAAUCUGUGGGUAUAGAUGAAAAUGGCGAAGUCCAGGCUCAAGAGCCCAAGCAAGAUGACAAUGCUUGGAACGAUGAUUUUGACUUUGAUGAUGUUGACGAUUCACCUGCUCCUGUAGCCGAGUCUGCGCCUGCAAAGGAAUCAGAGCUAGAAGCAAUUCCACCACCCAAGUUGGUAUUAGACCCACAACCUCAGGAGGGACCAACGCAGGUCAUAGGGAAGCUAUCAGCUAUUGAGACAACCUUUCAAAUUGCAUCACAAGAAGGCCAGGACAGUGUACAAGCAGCAACGAAAUCCGAUAACGCUUCCCAACCGAGUGUAGAAUCUGCGAAUGACCCAGAACCAGUAAAAAUUACACCGCCUCAUGACUCAGAUACAACAGCUGAAGGGUGUGAAGGCAACAUCGAGACCGACGCUUUCGAUACAAGUGAAAUGUUCGAUGAUAGAUUGGAUCAAGAGGAGGAGGGCGAUGGCUUGAGGAUGGAUAGCAUGGAAGGAAACGAAGAAGCCCAGCAACAACCAGAAUCUUUGCCUGUAGCUAGAAUAGGAGCCGAAGUGGAAGAAGUAGAAGAAAAUGCACUUACGGAGGAUGACAUGAUGGUCAAAACGGAACCAGAAAAAGGCAAAGACAAGGUUCCAGAAUUAAAUGGUAAGAAAUCAGAACCAGUGACCCGAACGGAAGAAAGUGGAGCAGAAAUUGGUGAAGACAUGGAAGUACGAGAGUCGUUUGCCAAUCAAACUCAGCCCGAAUCAGAAAAGGAUGCAACAGACGAGGCUCCAAAAUCUUCCUCUGGGUUUUCUGGUAUGCUUCCUCCGGCUGUUGGAUCGUUGUCGUUUGGUUCUCCUCGUGCAAACAUGCUUUCGCCUUCGUCAAAUUCAGCAAAAGGAAAAGAGGAGACACCUAGGUCAACCAACGUGACUUCCUUGUUUUCGUCAAUUGCGUCCGCAGUAGAUUCGGCCCUAGACUCUGCAGUAGACAAAGCUCCUUCAGCCCCAGCUGUUGAUGUAGUCUCAGAAGAACACGAUGCAUGGGAUGACGAAGAUUUUGACUUUCCGGACGAUCAAAGCCUGCCCAAAGAGACAACCGUGCCUCAAGUCUACCCAGGAAAGGAAGUCGAAGUGGCAGGUAUGUCGGGCAGUGCGAAACAAGCAACUGGGUUUCCAGUGGAAACGUCGAUCGAGCCAGGAGAAAAAAAAAGCGCGCUGCCACCACUUGCAGAUAUGUCAUCCGAAUUACAGCCGUCAUCAGUAGUGGACAAGUCGGUCGCCGAGGAUAUUCCGAGCGAUUCUCAUUCUCCUGCAGAAGGAAAUAUUGAAAACGACCCACGAUACAAAAGGCUACAACAUGAGUUGAGACAAAGAGAAGAACAACUCACAAGUAAAUCAGUACAAUUGACUCAACUCCAAUCAUUAUGGGAGUCCCAGGAGCGGGAGUUGCGACAGAAAAUACAGGACACAAAGGAAGAAGCCAAAACACGGAUUCAACGCGCCAAGGAACGAUGCGAGACUGCCGAAGCAAGAUUGAAACAGAAUGCAGCACAAGGAGGACAAAGUUCAGCAGAAAAAGAGCAACUAAUUAAUGACUUGAGGUCAGAGGGAGAGGUCCUAAUGCGUAAGCAAAGCCAGAUGGAACAGGCAGUUCGCAACGCCAAUGGAGAAACCAGGCAGUUGAGGUCCAAGUUGGCAGAAGAAACCGCUAUGAAGCAGAAAGCAAUGGGCAAGGUCGAAAAACUUGAAUCGGAGCUGAAAGAAACAAAGGAAUCGUUGAAGUCGGCCCAGAAAGGCGAGUCCCAGGCAGGCAAGUUAGAGAACGAUCUGCUUGCGGCGAGAUCUGAAAGCGAAAUGAAGGCAUCUACUAUUCUAUCGUUGCAACAGAAAGUGAAGGAACUGGCAGCGGAAGGAAAGGAAUUGAAGAAAGAAAUGGAAAAGUCGAAGAAAACUGCUGUGCAAGAUGCACAGCAAGAGAGGAAGAACCUGCGACGUGAGCACAAUGAUGUCAUUUCUGAUUUGGAAACAAAGCUACGGACAACUGAGCGAGAAGCCGGCGUCAGAGAAGAUGCUCUUCGCCACGAAGUUACCGAACUUCGUAAACGCUGGCAGGACGCAGUCCGCCGUGCGGAUGCCCUCAGUAUGGAUGUGCAGUCGAGCACAGCUCCCCUUUUGAGGCAACUUGAAAGUAUGGAACGACAAAACCGUGCCAGAGCAGCAGGGUGGACCGAAUUGGAAAACAGACUCCGAUCGGAGCUGGAGGAAACCGUCAUUCAAAAUGAAACAUUGUCGCGCGAACGAUCUGAGUUCAAGACAAAGUAUACACGACUGGAACGUUCGGCAAAUGAAAGCGAGACCGAAUUGAAGGAAUUGAGGAGGACAAUCGAAGAUCAAACCGCAAAGAUCGACAAAUUGGAAAGCCAAGUGGAAACUCUAGCCUCGGAAGCCGAAAAACGCGAAGAAGAAUACCAGAAGGUAGAACGUUUGGCCAAUGAAGGUGUUAUGAGAGUGCGCAGUGAAAUGACUCAGACAGUGGUUGAUAGUGAGGAGCGUUAUCGGGGCCAAAUUGAGAAGCUCGAAUCUGAUUUGCGCUUGGAAAAAGAGAGGCGAGACCAGUUGCAAAAUCAAGUUGAAGAUUUGUUAGAGAAUACUGGUAUCCCCAUGCCCAUCCCAGUCGCACAAACACCGAACUCCGAGAGUAAACCCAAGAAGCUGCGCCAAGCAGAAGGCCAGGCGCAAAUUUUGGCUGGGGCAUUGGGAUUCGCCGGUGAUAGUGAUGAUGAAACUGACGAUGGAAUACUGGGUGGAGGAAUGGAUCGAGGUGGUGGAAGUGGAAGCGGUGGAGUUGGUAGCUUUGCAGCGUUGGAACAACUAACUUCUCGGUUGAAGGCUGCGCAAGUGGAGUUGGAGUCUCUUCGAAGCAAUUUGAGAGAGUCGGAAAGAAGUAGAGAAUCCUUGGUGAAGGACCUAGCGGAAUCACAAAAUGCUAAGGAAAAACUGCCUUUGUUCGAAGCUAAGGUAAAGACGUUGACCGAAGAGAACAGAGAAAUGGAGCUGGAGAUUCGAGGAUUGAGAGACGAUAUUGCUGACGUGAGAGAGUUGUAUCGCAGUCAACUGAAUAUUUUGCUCGAGGAAAAAACAUCCCAUCUACAACCGGGAAAUGAAGCUUUUAUCACUCCGAUUGACGAAGCUGGAGAAGACGAUGAAUCAGAAGCGAUAGCAUCAGCUUAA